AUGGGUGAUCAGUUCGGCAGCGUGGUGCCCUUCUUCUCCGUGGUGCAGAACCUCCGCGAGACUGCCAAGGAGGCCAUCGUUCAAAAGCUGGAGCUGGAGGCCAAAGUCUCCGGCGCAGAGCACGAGCCGCAGGACCGGCGCGCCCUCGAUGAGGUGAGGCUGAAAGAAGAGCUUCGUCACGCGCGGCUCUUGGCAGAGACCUACCAGGCGCGCGCCUUGGAGCUAGAGAAGGCGCGCAUCGACCUGGAGGACCAGGUCCGACGCAGCCUGGCGGAGAGGGAAAAAGAGGAGCUGCAGAGGCGCAAGCUCAGCAACGAGGUGAAGCGCCUGCGCGCUGAUGCCGAGACUGCAAAGGCUGCCAAAGCUGCUUGGGAGACUGAGCAGGCCGCCAAUCGCCAGGCGGCAGGCCGUGUGAAAACGACGCCCGGCGUAAGCUCACGACCAGAGUCGGCUCGCCAGCGCGGCACGCCGACUUUGAGCUCUUUCGGCCGGGCGGCGCGCCCGUCCGUGUUCGGCCGGAGCUCUCCGGAGUCCCCCAGAGGACUUGCCCGUGCGGGCGAGUCAGCUCGGAGGCCAGACCGUCCCGAGCGACACGAGGCCCCGGAGGCCAGACCUGAGGAGACGCAAGUGGAGGCCAGUGCUUCGGAGACGCCGCGGGAGGUGACGUUGAGGUCGCCUUUGCAGCGCCUGCGAGCCGAGCGCACCGUGCUGGAACGCCCAGUCGACGACUCGACGUCUCGACGACUCGAAACUCGGCCCCAAGGCGGGUGA